AUGCCGUAUCGCGACGGCUCACAGUACGAAACAGCAACCAGUCCAGCGGCCCCUGAACGCGACGUCUCCGGUACCGUCAGCGUAACUGUCGAGGUCGUCACAUUCCUUGCCAACAUCUUGCCUGUAUUAGUGGUUGUUAAAGUUAAGAGCCGUACCGAUCGUACAAUAACGGACUAUUUAAUUGCCGCCCUCUCUACCAAUGACAUGCUCGCAGUACUGACUACACUCCCAGUUUCGCUGCCAUCCUAUUUUAACGGAGAGUGGCUGGGUGGGAGAAGAGUUUGUGAAUUUUACCAAUUCUGUUCAUUUCUGUUUCAAAUAUCAGCCAUGUUUCUAGUAACUGCUAUGUCUGUCGAUAGGCUGAUCGCCCUUUGGCGGCCGCUUAAUUAUCGGAACUGCCGGCGAAUAUACCAUGCAGUGACCACGAUCGUCGCCAUAUACGCAGUUGCGAUUGUCUUGUCUGCGCUUCCAUUAACCGGACUCGCCCCUCCAGUGAUCGUCAGCCCCGCUGGACGUCUCUGCCGAUCAUGGUUGGUUACGAGAGCGAAACGAUGGCACGAGGCAAUAUUUCCUCUGGUGCUUCUCUCUGUCGUCUGGCUGAUCAUGUUUGCUGUGUUCGUAACCAAUGGAUUUCUUUUAAAGCAUUUAAUCCACUACAAAAAACGUCUAAAACAUCCGAAUUUAAAGACAUACAUCGACAAGAAAUCAUUUAAGGACUUUACUCGCAUGGUUGUGGUCGUGGUCGUGCUAUUCUAUAUAACGUGGUUGCCUGUAUUGGUUGUGGGUACUUUGACACAGUGUGGUCGCUAUGUGGACGAACUUAUCUCCCUUUACGCGCUGAUGAGCACUACCUUGAACGCACUUCUGAAUCCCCUUGUCUAUUUCGCUCUCAGUCGACAAUACCGGAGAGGUUAUCUGGCGAUCUUUGGUUGGAUCCUAGCACUAUUUCGGUGCAAAGGUGAAAUAGUUUAA